AUGAACAGUCUUGUAGGCGUAUUAAUCAGAUUUCGACAAGAAAAGGUAGCUCUUUCCGCUGACAUAGAGGCAAUGUUUCACCAGGUAUGUGUAUGUGAGAAGGACUGUGAUGCCCUACGUUUUCUGUGGUGGCCUGGUGGAGAUUUAUCUAUAACACCCAUGACUUAUUGUAUGAAAGUCCACUUAUUUGGAGCAACUUCCUCUCCGAGCUGCGCUGCGUAUGCGCUGAGAAGAACUGCCAUUGACAAUGCAGAGAGAUUUGAACCUGCAGUAUUAUCAACUGUAAAGAGAAACUUUUACGUAGACCACUGCCUGAAGUCUGUAGAAUCUGAAAAUAAAGCUGUUAAACUUGCAGCAGAUUUACAGUCCCUGAUGUGUUUAGGUGGCUUCAGACUCACAAAGUGGAUAAGCAACAGCCGGAGGGUACUUAAUACGAUUCCGGAAUCUGAAUGUGCGCCGACGGUCGUUAGCCUCAACCCUGGAGACGUACUGCCUUGUGAUCGUGCGCUAGGCGUCAAUUGGAAUGUCAAUGACGAUAAAAUAACAUUUAAGAUUAAAAUAAGCAAAAAACCCUUAACAAGACGCGGAAUUCUUUCCAUAGUAAGUGCGAUUUUUGAUCCACUAGGACUUGUAUCACCUGUGACGUUGCGUGCUAAGGCAAUUGUACAGAGCCUAUAUAGGAAGAAGAUAGGGUGGGAUGAAACCAUUCCGCAGAAAGAAAUAGAAGAUUGGCAACAGUGGAUAGCAAAUCUACCAUCGUUAGAAAAAAUUAGUAUUGACCGUUGUUUCCGUCCAAAUUACUUCAGUAAAUUGAAGAACGUACAGCUGCAUGUGUUCAGCGAUGGCUCAGAAACAGGUUAUGGCGCAUGCGCAUACUUACGAUUGACGGAUAUACAGAAUAGAAUUUCAUGCAGUUUUGUUAUUGGUAAAUCUAGAUUAGCACCAAUAAAGCAAACAACCAUUCCAAGAUUAGAGCUGUGCGGAGCUGUAGUAGCAUGCCGCCUUUAUGCUAUGUUGUCAGAAGAACUUGACUUAAAGGUCGACCAAGUUACAUUCUGGACGGAUUCUAUGAUAUUACUUGGAUAUAUAAACAACAAUAACAGACGAUUUAAGACAUUCGUCGGAAAUAGAAUCAGCUACAUUCACCAGACUACAUCCUCUGAGAAGUGGCGUUAUGUCGAUUCCGGUUUCGAACCCAGCUGA